AUGUCGAAGCUCAAGGAGUCUCUGGCUGGUCCAGGGUAUGUGAUCCUCAAUACUAUCCGCGCGCUCAACAUCAUCGUCUUCCUCGAUAUCAUUGCCGCCUGUGCGGUCAUGUUGGUCAAGAUCAACAUGACCAACGGGUUCUUCUUCUUCCAAGCCGUCACCCAUGCAGUCAUUGCCCUCGUCAGCAUCGCCCUCAUCAUCUCAGAGCUCCCCUUCUUCCGGGGGUUCUUCAACCGCCGAUACCCCAUGUUCGGCGAAGAGGCCGGCUUCUUCGCUCUGGCAGCCAUCAUGAUGAUCCUCGGCGUCGCUGUCCUGGGCAAUCUGAACACAAAAGCGAUGAGCCAAGGGUCGCUUGGCCUGACUUUCUGGCGAAUCGUAAUUUCAGCCGGUAUCCUCGCCAUGGUCGUCAGCCUCGUGAAUGUCCUAGCAACGCUCAUCUUCACCGACCGCACCCAGGGCCUCAGCGCCCGGCACGUCCGACAAUACGGGGCCGUCGCGCCCCAAAAGGUGGUGAGUCGGGCCAGUAGCAACCGCUCCUUCCAAGCCAGUCUGAAUAUGAAGCGUGAAGACGACUCGCUCCCAAGCUACACCCCACAGUCCGCCGCCAAGCGUUUCACCAAGCGCCUAACAGGUCGUUUCCCCAUCAAAAUCUCCAAUCCGAUGAAUCCCACCAGCAAUGGGAAUAGUCUGCACGCUCCACCUGUUAACGAUGCCGCGUCUUCUCGGUACUCGCGUGAUUCGGCGGGCGUUGCGAUGCCGGACCCAGCGCAUCAUCCUAUCUAUGGGCAUGGCUCGAGUAUGUCUCUUCUCAUCUUCUUCGGUCCCGUCCUCCUUCCUCGCCUGAUCACAGCAUACCGCAGUCUACGCGUAUCAAUUUCAAGCCGGCCUCCUCCACGCCCAAUUCCAGCUGGCGCCAAUCGCGCAGUGAACCUCUUGUUCGCCAGCAUCGCCGUCUUCCUCGUCCUCAGCCUCCCAUUCAACCCUCACGCCCCCGAAUCUAACAUCUUCUCCCUCACUCGCUCGCGCAUCAAUACCCCCAUCGAUGUGAUCUUCCACCGUCUAUCGCGCCUCCGGCCCGACGGCCUCCUAACCGACCCCGACGUGCGGCUGCGCGAGAAACUCACCUCCCUCGGGGCCCGCAAGGUCUACCUGACCUACGGCCCAGAUGCAUUGGUCUCAUGCCAAUACUGCUCCUUUGAGGAUCUCAAUACCUACCUACUCUACUACAUGCCAUUCCACAUUCUCCUGCCGCACCUGGUCCACCUCUUGAUCCUCGGCGUAGCCACGUCCGCCCCCUUCGCCGGCCGCGAAGCUGCCCGCUGGCGAACCAAAUUCACGCUCGCUGGCCUGGCGCUAGCAGCACUGGACAUCUGGAUUGUCGUACGGUACGAUGCAAUCUCAUCGGCUUCCCCCGCCGUGCGGGCGGGCCAGACACCCCCCAUCGGCCUCUACAAUCUAAUUACCUUGCUCCGGCCACUGGCAUUUGCCGUGUGUGACGUGGUCUGUGCAAUCAUCAUCUACCUCUCCUCCACCAACCGGUUCUUCUUCAAACCGCCCUCGCAGGCGGAUCAAGUCAACCAGGCGGUGUCCGCGGCGCUGACCAUGCUGACGGGCGCUAACAACAAGCUCCAUGCGGCGAGUGUGGCCCGCAACGCGGUCGUCCGGGAUAAGGCGCUAAAGAUGCGCGAUGAUGUCUACUGGCAGGCGAUGGUGGCGGUCGAGAACCCCACUCGAGGCUCCGAAGGAGCCGAGCAGAUUGAGGGAGUGGAGCGGGUGGACGUGGUUAAUAAUAUUUGGGAGGAGGAGGAAGUGGCUCGGGCCAUGUCGCGGGCGAUGGCUGGGCAGGGAGGAGUGGAUUUGGCGCAAUUGGGGAUGAAUGCGAAUGAGUUUGUGCGCGGUGUUACGGAGGGGUUGGAUUGA